AUGGCUAAGAAAGGGAAAAAGAAUCAACAAAACUAUUGGGACCAAGAUUUCGAAGAGGAUUUACCUCAAGGUGAAGAAUUCGGCGUUUCUUUUACACCAGUAGAUGACUCCUCCAAUACUACACCAGCUAGUUCUGUAGAACCUCAACAAGCUGGUGAUGAAGAUCUUGCUGCUGAAGGUGACUUUAUGUCCACCUUAAAAAAAUCUAAGAAGAAGCAAGAAAAAAAAGAAGAAGCUAAACCUUUAUUAAAGUCCAAAAAGGAGAAGGAAAGAGAGAAGAAGGAAGCUGAAAAGCAAAGAAAAAAGGAAUUAGCGGCCAAGAAGAAGGCUCAACAAAAAGCACAAAAGGAUAAAAACAAAGAAUUAAGUAAGCAAAAUGCUGAAAAAUUAGCUGCUGAAAAAAAGGAAAAGUCUGCAGCUUCGUCCAAAGCUUCAUCUCAAGAACCAGCUCCAGUUAAAACUACCACUUCCAACACUACCACAGCUAAAAAGGGUAAGAAGGUUCCUGCUGGUUUAGCUGCAUUGAAACGUCAAUUAGAAUUGAAGAAACAAUUAGAAGAACAAGAAAGAUUGGAACGUGAAGAAGAAGAAAGACUAGAACGUGAAGAAGAAGAAAGAAAGGCUAGAGAGGAAGCUGAAAGAGAGAAAAAUAGACAAUUGAAGAGAGAAAAGGAAAAAGCUAAACGUGAAAAGUUAAAGGCUGAAGGUAAAUUGUUAACCAAAAAACAAAAGGAGGAAAAGAAAUUGAUAGAAAUGAGACGUGCUGCCCUUUUAGCAUCAGGGAAUAUCAAAGUUGCUGGUCUUACUAAGAAAGCUGAUGCUGCCGCUGAUGGUGAAGUUACAGGGGAAAAGAAACCAAAAAAGAUUGUCUAUGGUAAGAAGAAGAAGAGGGUCACUCAAAAAGAUAAUGAUACAAAGGCAGUUGCCAAGAGUGAAAAAGAAGAUAAUGAGAAAAAGAACAAUGCAAAUGGUGAGGAAGUUGGCGAAGAUGUCUUAAUUGACGAUUGGGAGAACUUAGAUUUAGGUGAGGAUGAAGAAGAAGAGAAAGAAUUUGCUGUUUCUUCUGCUGAAACUGAAUCUGUUAAUACUGAACCAGUUAAUGAAUCAAAAGCUGAAGCCAAUGCUGACACUCAAAAGGACUCUCAAGUGGAAGACACAAAAAAGAAAAUUCCAGAAGUUUCCACUCCAGCAGUCAACGAAAGUACCAAAAAUCCAAAGAAAGAUUUACGUUCUCCAAUUUGUUGUAUCUUGGGUCACGUUGAUACUGGUAAAACCAAAUUACUGGAUAAGAUUAGACAAACCAACGUACAAGGUGGUGAAGCUGGUGGUAUUACCCAACAGAUCGGUGCCACAUAUUUCCCAAUUGAAGCUAUCAAACAAAAAACUGCCUCUAUGGCCAAAUUUGAAAAACAGACUUUUGACGUUCCUGGUCUAUUGGUUAUUGAUACCCCAGGUCACGAAUCUUUUUCCAACUUACGUUCUAGAGGUUCAUCAUUAUGUAACAUUGCCAUUUUGGUUAUUGACAUUAUGCAUGGUUUAGAACAACAAACCCUUGAAUCUAUUAGAUUGUUAAGAGACAGAAAGGCCCCUUUUGUUGUUGCCUUAAAUAAGAUUGAUAGAUUAUAUGAUUGGCAAGCUACCCCAAACAAUUCUUUCAGAGAUUCUUUCGAACAACAAACUAGAGCUGUCAAAGACGAGUUCCACACCAGAUUAAGUAAUAUUCAAUUGGCAUUGGCUGAACAAGGGUUGAAUUCUGAAUUAUACUUCAAGAACAAAAACAUGGCUAAAUAUGUUUCUAUUGUUCCAACUUCUGCCGUCACUGGUGAGGGUGUUCCUGAUUUGUUAUGGUUGCUAUUAGAAUUAACUCAAAAGAGAAUGUCCAAACAAUUAAUGUAUCUAUCUCACGUUGAGGCCACUAUCUUAGAAGUUAAAGUUGUCGAGGGUUUUGGUACCACUAUUGAUGUUAUUUUAUCUAAUGGUUACUUAAGAGAAGGUGAUAGAAUUGUACUUUGUGGUAUGAAUGGUCCAAUUGCUACGAACAUCAGAGCAUUAUUAACUCCACAGCCUUUACGUGAAUUACGUCUAAAAUCUGAAUAUGUUCACCAUAAAGAGGUCAAAGCAGCCCUAGGUGUUAAGAUUGCUGCCAAUGAUUUAGAAAAGGCUGUUUCUGGUUCUAGAUUAUUAGUUGUUGGUCCGGACGAUGACGAGGAAGAAUUGAUGGAUGAUGUUAUGGAUGAUUUGACCGGCCUUCUUGAUUCUGUUGAUACAUCUGGUAAAGGUGUUGUUGUUCAAGCAUCUACUUUAGGUUCGCUAGAAGCUUUAUUGGAUUUCUUAAAGGAUAUGAAGAUUCCAGUGAUGUCCAUUGGUUUAGGUCCAGUUUAUAAGCGUGAUGUUAUGAAAGCUAGUACAAUGUUAGAAAAGGCUCCAGAGUACGCAGUUAUGUUAUGUUUUGACGUUAAAGUAGACAAAGAAGCUGAACAAUACGCUGAACAAGAAGGUAUUAAAAUCUUUAAUGCUGAUAUUAUCUAUCACUUAUUUGACUCAUUUACUGCAUAUCAACAACAAUUAUUGGAACAACGUCGUAAAGAUUUCCUAGAUUACGCCAUUUUCCCAUGUGUUUUACAAACAUUACAAAUUAUUAACAAGCGUGGUCCAAUGAUUAUUGGUGUUGAUGUUGUUGAGGGUUGCUUACGUAUUGGUACUCCAAUUUGUGCUGUGAGAACGGAUCCAACCACCAAGGAAAGGAAUAUAUUAUUAUUAGGUAAAGUAAUGUCUUUAGAAAUUAAUCACCAACCUGUCACUGAAGUCAAGAAAGGUCAAACUGCUGCUGGUGUAGCUGUUCGUUUAGAAGACCCAUCUGGUCAACAACCAAUUUGGGGCCGUCAUGUUGAUGAGUCUGAUACCUUAUACUCCUUGAUUUCUAGAAGAUCUAUCGACACCUUAAAGGAUCCAGCUUUCAGAGAUCAAGUCCAAAGAUCUGACUGGCUAUUAAUUAAGAAAUUGAAGCCAGUUUUUGGUAUCGAAUAA